UCUGCGAUACGUUCUGCGUUCGUCCACCGAGGAGGAAGGUUAAAUAAUAGGCGAUUUUUCCGGACGUCGUCGCGCCGUCGGGACACACCGUGGGGUUUUCCCUUGCAGGCUGGAUUUUCAGUGCGUGCGACUGUGUGUGGAAAAUCGAAGGAAAAUUUCCUGGGUGGCUAACGUUCGAAAGGUGGUAGAUUAGAAUUCGCUAGAGGACGUGGGAAAAGUGUCGCGGAAAAUUCGGGAAAAAAAUCGCGCGCGCGGUGAAGCAAUGGAGUCGCAGCGAUCCUGCAGCUGCAAUUUUGGCCUUGAAGUGGCGUGACCUGUGGGAGUGGGUGUGCGUCUGUGCGUGACCGUUUCCACGGUAGUAGUCGGUCGUAGUAGUACUAUACUACGGGAAGAUCGCGCCGGAAGUGCGUGAAAAUUCGUCACCUUGGCGGUGGGAGUCGCGAAAACUAGAGGAGAAGGCCGUUUUUGAGGAUAGUUCCAGGGAUGCUGUGAAGAUUUUGGACGAAAGGAAGCUUUGCCAAUAUUUUUCAAGGAUUAAAAAGCAGUGGAAAAAACGAUGUUCAAGUCAAAACACACUCGCAAGAAAGUGGCGACAACCCCGAAAGUGGUGCAAUAAAACCGGGAAAAUCCUUCCACGAAGUGGGAUCCUCCCAAAAAGGUUGGGAAAUUUCGCCACAAUUUUGCGAAAUCGUUCCUUCCUCAAGCAAAAAAAAAGGGGUAGUAAAAUUCGCGCUCCCUUAAACGUGAGUGAGCGUGUGUGUGUGUGUUGGUGCACUUUUGGUGUAAAAUUUUCCUUUCUCUGGCUGUGUUUGUGAGUGUGCACGGGCGAGAUGCAUUAGUAUUGGUGGGGCCAAAAAAGCUUCCACCCUCGAAGCCACCACCCCCUCGCACAGAGUUGGGGGCUGCAGCAGUCAGUGUGUUCGCGAAAAAAGAGGAAUAAAAGAAAAAAAAAAAGAUGUCGCCACUGGUUUCGUUUCCGCUAUUUUUGGAGGAUGGUGUAAUUUAUAUUUAAAUUGAAUAUUUUAUUGGCGCUUUGCGGGAAAAGGGCAGUGGAAAAGCAGGAAAAACUGUUAUUCCGAGGGGAAAGCUCUUCCAGUUACUACGAAGUACUACUAGAAUUGUGCACGCGUGUGUGAGUGUGCCACCCCCUCCCUCACAAUUUCGAGGAUUCUGAAAGAGAGAGAGAGAGAGAAUAAAAAAACGGAACAAAUAGAACAAGUGAACCAACAAAAGUGAAGGAAAUCCAUUUGUGGAAUAACACCCAUAAAAAGUCGAAAGGGGGGGGAAACAAAAAAGAUAAAUAAAUCAUAAAAAAGUGGUCGCGAGCGUGAAAAGUCGGGAAAACAUCACCAGAGUGAUGGAUCCGUCACCGUCGACGGGUCGUCGUCGGACGAGGCGUCGUUUGCUGACCGGAAUAAUGGCGGUUGUGCUGCUGGUGGCGAUCCAGGCGGCGGCGGCCGACCCCGACGAGGACAUCCCGCACAACGAAGUUCGAAAUUGGGCAAUUCGUUUUGGUGUCGAUUUAUGGGAGUUUGGUCGUCAGUUUACCAAAGUGAAUGACAUAAGAAAUAAAUACAAAGAUUACGACGUGGAUGUUAAUCGCAAGGACGGGAUCCUGCUGCUGCGCGAGUUGGCGGCCGAGGUGAAGAAUUUUAUGGAUUUUAAAAUGAACGCCGUCAUGCGAAUAAUGGACUCGGCCGAGCAGGCAGCCCUGUCCGAGUCCGACCCGGAGUCGUCGGCCGGGGGUGGUGCGUCCAAAUCGCACGGCGGAAAUGGCUUCUACGACGCGAGACGCAUCAACGAGUACCAGUCGGACGGGCGGCUGGCGGAGGGCUCGCGGCAGAUGCUGCUGCGGCACAUGCGACGCUUCGAGGGCUACCCGGUCAACAUCAGCCUCAGCUCGGUGCUCAUGUCCGGCGGGAUCAAUGUGGACGAUCCCGAAACCCAAGCGGCCAUCAAGUGGUCCUCCCACUUGGAUCCGCUGUUUGCCAACAACAUUGAGCGAGACUCUGCGCUAUCUUGGCAGUACUUUGGUUCGAGCACCGGAUUUCUGCGAAGAUUUCCCGGAACGGCGUGGCCACCGGAGACGUCGUACGGGAGUAAGGAGAUCAGUGACUUCCGAACCGAAGACUGGUUCAUCCAGGCUGCGUCUUCGCCGAAGGAUGUGAUAAUACUGCUUGAUUCGUCCGGGUCGAUGAGUGGCAAGGAGUACCAGCUGGCGAUGGCUACAGCUUCAGCGAUUAUGGACACCUUGGGCGAUGACGAUUACUUUAACUUGAUUUCGUUUUCCGAUCAGGCGAAGGUGAUCGUGCCCUGCUUCCAGGAUAAGAUGGUCCGUGCAACCCCUGACAACGUGAAGGAAGUCAAGACGGCGAUCCAGACGGUCGAGUGCGAAAACACGGCAAACUUUUCCGCUGCUCUGGAGAGUGCCUUCGAGCUGCUCAGAAGAUACAACCAAAGCUCGCUCGGCAGCCAGUGCAACCAGGCGAUCAUGCUGAUCACGGACGGACCCAGCGACACCUUCGCGGACAUCAUCAAGCACUACAACCACCCGCACAUGCCGGUUCGGAUCUUCACGUACCUGAUCGGGAAGGACAAAAGCAGCGGGAAGAACCUGUACCAGAUGGCUUGCGAUAACAAGGGUUUCUACGUGCAGAUCAACAGCGUGGAGGAGGCCAAGCGGAAGGUCGUGGAGUACGCGCUGGUAAUGGCCCGACCGAUGGUUCUGUACCAGGCGGAUCAUCCGGUGCACUGGAGUCCGGUGUUUACGGGAGGUCGCAGCGGGAUUCUGGGCAGGGAAAGCGAGAAUCGGCGCAAGUUGGUGACGACGGUUUCGACACCGGUGUUCGACAGGAGGAAUCACUCGACGCGGGCGGCGAACCUGCUGGGAGUUGUGGGGACGGAUGUGCCGAUCGAGGAGAUUCAGAAGAUGAUUCCGCAGCACAAGCUGGGCGUGAACGGGUAUUCGUUUAUCGUGGACAACAACGGGCGGGUGUUGUACCAUCCGGAUUUGAGGCCGUUGAGCGAUAACGGGCAGUACAGUGCCUCGUUGAAGCACAAGUACAACUCGGUGGAUCUGACCGAGGUGGAGCUGCCGGAAGUGGAUAGUUCUAGUAAUGGGAUCAGCGAUCGGCACGAGCAUAGGUUUACAAACAUGCUGCAAGAGCUUCGCAAUGAGAUGGUUCUCCAGAAAGAGGGAGAGAACGAACUAACGGUACUAACGCACUUGGACGAAAUGAAGCGAGUUACUUUGAGGCCUCAAAAGUACUUCUACGGGCCCAUAGAGGGGACACCCUUUUCGCUGGGAAUCGCCUUGCCGGAUAAUUACGGCAUCCAUGAGCUCAACGCUCAGCAAGAGAUUCGGCAUUCCCACACAAAUGUAACCGAACACUUCCAGAACAACAACUGGAAGGUCCAUCCGGACUGGGUGUACUGCGAGUACAACAGUCUCAAGGAUGUAGAAAGCAAUGGCGAGAGUACGACGGAAACCACCUACCGGGACAAGGACGAAUCCUUCGACACGCCGGAGGAGCAAGUUCUGCACUUUCUGGCCCGCGUCGGCAGGCCCGGCUGGAAGUGGAUGUCGGUUCGUCCCCGGUCCCCGGCGCCACACCACGGCCACGGUGGUAUUCCGGUGGGUCACUAUGGCCAGCACCACUACAACUCGCAGGGUUCGCGCAAGGCGGAACCGUACUACUGCGAUCGUACUCUCGUCCAGAGCUUGGUGCGCGACGCGAUCGUCACGGAUGGGCUGGACCGGGGUCCGUCCCAUCCGCCGCGGAAGGAGGACAGGAGCCCAAUCGCCACGUUGAUGGCUUUACUGCACAGUCGCCAAGGCUUUACAAUGUUCGAUGUGAAGACCACUUUCGUUGCCACUCGAUCUGGACUGCUCCGGUGGAUUGACCAUUUGCCCCAUCCGGAAAACUCACCGGAACCUCACUUCAGCGACACAAAUUCACGAGCAAUGGAUAUGGGCUGGUACAAGCGGGCCGUUGAUCAUCACUCGAUCGAACCUGACGGUUUUGUCUUUAGUGUCCCCUUUGAUUCUGGAUAUUCUGGAAAGAACAGUUCUACAUUGGUGACUGCAACCCAUGCGAUCUUCAUAGAUCAUCGAGGUCACAAGGCACCUGCUGCCGUCGUUGGAUUGCAAUUCCAGCACGAAUCGUUGGCCAAACAUUUCAUCAACAUCACAUCGGCUUGCACUGGAUCAACUUCCUGCAAGAAAACGUGCGCUUCCGACGAGCUGGACUGCUACCUGCUCGACGACAACGGGUUCGUCAUCCUCUCCGAGCGAAACGAGCACACCGGCAAAUUCUUCGGCCAAAUCGACGGCACCAUCAUGGACUCGCUGGUCCAAGACCGCAUCUACCGGCGCGUUGCUCUAAUGGACUACCAGGGAAUCUGUUCCGACCGGGACAACCCGUACACGGCCGCCGGUGAACCGUUACAGCCACCCCGGCCGAUGUCCUGGCUGCUCAAGUACAUCGUCACCUUCGCCACGUACUGGCUAUCAAUCCUUCCCACCCCGGUUGCCUCGUGGCACCAGGGCAACAGCUACAACUACGACACGGAAAAUGACUUCGAAGAGGACACGUACGAGUACGAAACCAACUACGAGAUGCCACCGGAGCAUAACGGACAGGACAACACCACACCCGACUACGAACUGCACGACGGCCGCCCCGCAUCGAUCGCAGGCCACCUCCGGACCGCGGGUCAUCCCCGAUCCGGCCCACGCGAGACCGUGCGAUUUGAAAACAGAUCUUUACAUUCUCCAGCCGGAUCGGCUCAACUCGAGCGGGCAGAAUAAUCCGUUGAAGGGAAAACUUACCAACUGUCACUCGUCCGGCUGCGAGCGGCCAUUCAGCGUGCAGAAGAUUCCGCACAGCAACCUGAUCCUGCUGGUGGUGGACGUGCUGUGUCCGUGCGGUUCCAAACAGUUGGACAUUGAGCCGC